CCCUUCGCCCUGGGUUCUGGGCCGCGGGGCGGAGGCGAUCCGUUGGUGGGGUCGGGGUCCGGGGACGAGGCGGACGCGGGCCUGGCCUUCCCGGCAGCGCACCGACUGCCCCGCGGGACCCGUCGGCCCCAAGAUGUCGUACAUGCUCCCGCACCUACACAAUGGCUGGCAAGUGGAUCAGGCCAUCCUCUCGGAAGAAGACCGCGUGGUCGUCAUUCGGUUUGGACACGACUGGGACCCUACUUGUAUGAAGAUGGACGAGGUUCUGUACAGCAUAGCUGAAAAGGUUAAAAAUUUCGCAGUUAUUUAUCUUGUGGAUAUUACAGAAGUACCUGACUUCAACAAAAUGUAUGAAUUAUACGAUCCGUGCACUGUCAUGUUUUUCUUCAGGAACAAGCACAUCAUGAUCGACCUGGGCACCGGCAACAACAACAAGAUCAACUGGGCCAUGGAAGACAAGCAGGAGAUGAUCGACAUCAUCGAGACGGUGUACCGGGGGGCCCGGAAGGGUCGCGGCCUGGUCGUGUCCCCGAAGGACUACUCCACCAAGUACAGAUACUGAGCCCUCGCCCAGCCCUGGUGCACGCGGUGCCGCGGAGUCGUUCUCAUGUGGAGAUAUUUUCAACUAUUUAAAGCCUUUGAGAAAGCGUUUGGGGAAGUACACAUAGCUCAAGGAGCUGGAGGGUUUUGCAGUGAGGGUGGCAUUGCCCCAACUUUCGGUCUGCCUGGUCCUUGUAUUUUUGUAUCAGCAAAUAUCUGUAAAUAUCUAGCUGAAAUAAAUAAAAUACAUGGUGAUGGGAACAGUCAAAA